AUGUACAUUUCUUUCAGUCUCUCAUUUUCUCUUCGUUUUAUUUGUUCUUUUUCACGACCUGCACAUUAUAGAUUCUUUCACUUUCCUUCUUUUCUUUGUUCUAUCGCUCCAUCUGCCGUUGUUAUUUUCUUGGUCUUUCCUUCUCUCGUUUCUCGUUUAUGUCUUUGUUCUUUCUCUCUCUCUUUGCUUAAUUGGUUUCCUUGUUUUCUCCCUCUCCAUUUCCUCUUUCGUUUCCUUGCUCUUGCCCUCUACCUUUUCGCCUCCCCUUCUUUGUACUUUCCUUCUCAAUUUCUUCUUUUGUUUCCAUCUUCUUUCCCUCUCUCUCUUUUCUUCUUCCUUUCUUUGGUCUUCCCCUUUCCCUUUCUUUGUUCGCUUACUUCUUUCCGUCACACUUUUCUUUUUGUAGAUUUAUUUAUUUUCUCUCUCAAAUAUCUGAUUCUUUCUUUCCUUUCGUACUUCCUCGCUUUCAUUUCUAAUCAUUUUCUCUUAUUCAUAAUAUUUCCCACUUUUCUUGUUAAACAGCUCGCCCUCACGAUAUCUUUAUUAUUCACGUUCAUUUUCUUUUGCAUACAUUUAGCAUUCUUUUUCUUUGUCUGUCACUCCUCCCCACGUCAUAUCCUGAGCGUCUCUUCCUCUACUCAAUUCAUUGCGCUCAUUUGCCUCCACCACCGCCAGUGA